UCGGGCUACGAGGUUGCAAAGCUUUCCCCCGUGUGUUUUUGAGAAGGGCAGCGGACGACGGCACUGCGAAUUCGAAGCACCCCUCCUUCCCCUCUGUUCCUCUCGAUAAUUGUUCGGUUUCGACUCUCCCUGGUGCUUGCGGGUCGCUCUUCCAAUCUCCUGCCCGGGUCAGUGUCUCAAACUUUCGGAGGCUUCAACUGGAUCGGGAUCAGGGCCGUGGAGUUCGGAAUCCGAGUUAUGCAGGUUGUACAGAUUGCGGGAAGGGAGCUGGGAGUUCUGGUAAUCGAGUGAGGAUUAGUGAACUGCGCGGUGCUUUGGCGAGCUCAAGCUUGAAAGUCGGGAUCUUGGGGGUUGUUUAAGUGACGAAUUUGCUGGUUAGGGUUUGGGGAGUAUUUCUCAAUUCGACCGGUGGUCGGGAGGAAGGCAUCCCAUUGCGUUACAUGGCACAGUAGAAGCUUGUUGGCAGCUGAGGAAGAGUGAAAAUGUUCUAUUCUCAGUUUAUCUUGGCCAAGAAGGGCCCUCUUGGUACUAUAUGGAUUGCUGCUCAUUUGGAGCGCAAGCUGAGGAAGAAUCAGGUUGCAGAUACUGAUAUUGGCGACUCCGUAGAUUCCAUUCUCUCCCCCGAAGUUCCAAUUGCACUUCGCCUAUCAAGCCAUCUCCUUCUAGGUGUUGUGAGAAUCUAUUCUCGGAAGGUGAACUAUCUAUUCCAUGAUUGUAGCGAGGCUUUGCUCAAGGUAAAACAGGCAUUCAGAUCGACUGCAGUCGAUCUUCCUCCGGAAGAAUCUAUUGCACCUUAUCAUUCCAUUACUUUGCCAGAGACUUUUCAUCUGGAUGAUUUUGAACUACCAGAUACUGCUAUUCAUGGGAUUUCUCUAUUUGGCGGUGUUGGUGUUGGACUGAAGAGAGAAAUAGGAGUUGGCUCAGAUUCUUAUUGGUCUAAUGGCAACACCAAUAGUCCUCCUCGGCAUCAUCUUAACAACUAUCAUCCGGAUCCAGGCUUCAACAACCACACCUACAAGCAAUGUGAUUUUGUUGAUCACCAUGUCAGUGCAAAAGAACACAUCACACUUCAAGAUACUAUGGAUGGCACAGGAUAUUCCAUGUUACGAUUUGGAUUGGAUGAAACAUUUGGUGAUGGAACUGCUUCCCAGAUUGGUUUAGAGCUUGAGGAGGACUUGUUCUUGGUGGAGGAUAAUGACCCAUCUUCUCAGCAUGAUGCAAGUACUCUGGUGUCUGAUGAGUGUGCUGUGCAUCAUGAUCAAUCUCUAUUUUCUUUUCCUCUAACUCCAAUGGAUAUUGACGAUGAUGACAAAAGUGGGAUAGUCAAAGAUAGAGAUGUAGAUCCGAAGGAUCUUUCUCAAGUUUCUAAUCCUCAGAGUAUGAUUUAUAUGAAGGAGUACAACAUUCAGACUCCUGAUCUCAAUGAAAUCUUUUCUCCUGGUGAUCCUAUUGAAGAUGCUUCAAGAGAACCUAAUCAAACAUUCAUUUCAUCAAGUGCUAACGGUGUUUCAUCAACAGAUGCUGAUUUUACUCAUGCUGCUCCCACUGAUGGUUUAAGGGAAGACAUAUUUUCAGGCAACAUAUACGAAGUUCCCGCUACAAGUUUCCAUCCAGACCCUUCGCAUUCAAGCUGUACAGAGGUUAGGCCUGAUUGUUCAUUACAGGCUGGCCAUCCAAAAUUAGUGAAUUAUGAGAUGCAUGGUGCAAAUAUGGUCCUUGAUUCAGGAAAUAUAGUGCAAGCUCCUCCUUUUUCUUUUUCAGAACCUUCCAAUCAUAGGGAACAGGUAGUUUCAACUAAUGAAACUCAAAUGGUAUGUGAACAGAAGAGUGUGAGUGGUUUUCAGGAUGGAUGCACUUGUGGUGAAAAGAAACUUGCUACAGUUGAUGAACAAAUGGAAAACCAUAUGGAGCCAAUACAUUAUGAAGCAGCUCAAGUUGAAGGUUUGAAGUCCUGCAAUGCUUCACAUGAGACAAUUCCUUCCACAUCUCCUCUUGACAGAUCACAAAUUGAUACUGAAAUAUUUGUGACUCCCAAAACAUCUGAUGAAAAUUCACAUGGAUCUGAUUUGGCUUGUGCUAAAAAUAGCAAUUUGUGUGCAGCUGAAGUUCAGCCAUCAGGUUGUUUGAGUGCAGAACAUGUAGAAGUGAGUCCAAGCCCCAAUGUAGAUUCAUCUGCAUUCGGUUCAGAUAUGCAUUUGUUAUGCUCUACUUCACAGAUCAAUGAAGCAAAUGCAGUCUCUCAACGAGAUGAAACUUUAACACAAAAUGUUUCUGGAGUUUCAGUUGAAGAGCCUGAUAUUCCUUCAAACUUGCUGAAGGAAGAGAAUAGGCUGCAUAAAAAUGACUCUUCCUUUGAGCUGCAUGGAAAUGAUUUUCACUUACCUAAUUCUGCCAAUGCUGAAUUAGAGUUACAUCAGAACCCACAUGACCUAUUGACAGAAUAUGCCAUGGAUGACAACAGAAAUGAGUUAUCGACUGAUCCAUGCCAGAAAGACACAGAAAAGAAUCAGAUGAAUUGCUCUGCAAGCUCUGAGUUCCCUGAACCUGAAAAAAUGCUCUUAGCACCGACUGUGGAUGGUGAUCCAACAAAUGAAUUAAGUCAGGUAACUGAAGAAAAGGGGGUGAUAGAGUCUGAUGGUAGUGUUAAUAGGAUCACCAGUCUCUCUGGGAAAAAGCGUCGAAUAAUGGAAACCACAUCAGCUUGGCAAAUUGACAGCGCCGGCAUAGUGUCUGGCAGAUCACAAUCUAGAAAAAACAUUGAAUAUAUACCAGAUGACGAUGAUUUGCUAGCUUCUAUAUUAGUUGGUAAAAGGACUCCACUUAUGAGGAUAGGGCCUACACCUACACUGAAAGAAACUUCUCAAAAACGUCCUAAACUCACACCUAGAUUGAACAUGCUGAAGAGGAAGGUGCUGUUGGAUGAUACAACAGUCUUACAUGCUGAUGCAAUAAGGCAGCAGUUAAUAAGUACUGAUGACAUCAAGCGCAUGCGGAAGAAAGCACCUUGUACACGCCCUGAAAUUUUGAUGAUCGAGAGGUGUUCACUAGAAGAUGAAAUCUUUAAUGAGUUUAUAAUCACUGGUAUGCCAUCUGUGCUGAAUGAUUUGCACAAACGAAGAUUUCUUUCUGCAAUCAGCCAAAACAAUUCCUAUAAUGAACCGCCUAAAGAAUCUGAUCAUACCGAAGACUUGGAAUUUGUUCAGGAAGCUCAGCAAAUAGAAACAACUGAGCAAAUUUUAGUUACACCAGAAUGUGGUGCUGGUGAAACAAGAGCUCCAUCAUGCCUGCCUUUAACAACUGAGGGGAUGAUAAUUCCUUCUAAAACUGAUGACAUUUCUUUUCCUGAUACCAGCAAUGCUGCUGUCAUUGCAGAAGGUAAUGUUGAUUACCCACUUUCCAUGCAUCAAUUAGUUGAUGAAACGGUCCAACCUAGAGAUGUUUCUUCUGCGAUGAAUGAGGAGGCACAGCACAUUUCCGAAAAUGCUUCUGCUGUAAGCUUAGAUUAUACCCAUGAUGAUUCAAAGGGAGGGAUUGUCGAUAACAAUGCACUUUCAAUUGUGAAUGAUCCUACUACGAAUGCAGAGGCUCAUGAGUCUGUUGAUGCAUCCAUAAUAGACAGAAGCACAAGGCCGCUGGAUACUGCAUCCCUAAAUGAACAAGAAGAUAUCAACGUUGUUUCCACAAGCACUUGUCCUCCUGAUACUGCAUCCCUAAAUGAACAAGAAGACAUCAGCAUGAUUGCCAAAGGUUUAAAUUCUGAGGUUCCGGUGACUGCAGUAGAUAAUGCAUUCCAUGAGUCUGAUCCUCAUUUGACAAUCAAUUUAUCAACCAGUAUCUCACAAGGAAACACUUCUUCCCAAGAUGUUAAUCAAUAUGAGAAUGGAAGUGUUUUGAAUGCUAUAGUGGAGAAAGAAGGGCUGAAAUCCAUCCAUAGUGAGGGAAACCUUGCUGUUGGUGAAAGCUCCUCAGGAAGACCGGAAAUGGCUUCUUUAUCCCCUACUCGAGCAAAUAUUGAAAGUGAACAUCUUCCAUCAGCUGUGGGUGAAAACUCUAGUUUUCAGGAAUUUAAGUUAGAAGGUGGUCUGGUUGUUGAAAGCACACCCAUGGAUAUAGCUACUGCAAAAGAUUAUAGUGACUUCUGCAGCGCAAUUGAGGACAAUGACACAGAGUUUCUUAACGUAGACGAUGAGGCUGACUAUCAUGAAGAAGGAGAUGAUGUCGCGGAUCCUGAAGAUGCAUCACUUGAUAACAGUGGUUGGUCUUCAAGGACAAGAGGUGUUGCUCGCUACCUGAAAAAAGUGUUUGAUGAAGAAUCCGGGCACGGGAGGAAAUCCGUCGCUAUGGACCACCUUAUCGCACGCAAAAGUCGCAAAGAAGCCUCAAGAAUGUUCUUUGAAACUCUGGUUCUGAAAACAAAAGAUUAUAUACAUGUAGAACAAGAGAACUCUUCUGGGUUCAUCACCAUACUACCAAGACCAAAGCUUCUGAAGGCAGAGUUCUAAUCUAUAAUGGUGUGCCCUGGAAGCCAUGUUCAUGUAAAUUUAAGCUUUUCAUUACAUCCACAUGCUUACUCCACCCCUAUUUUAUAUAUAAAUAAUAUUUUUGUUGUUUACCUUUUUGCUUCUUGUGAGCUCCUAGUUGGGGUGGAACAUAGUUAGCUCAUUGUAUUAUUAGCACUCUAAUUAAAUAUUUGUGCCUGUGUAAUUUAAAUGAUCUCAUGCUUGUAGUUAAUACAAGAGCCUACAGAUUGCAGCU